AACGUGUACUGGGAAGAAAUCCAUACUCAAAUUCAAAGGCUCAAAAUCCCGAAGGCCGAAGCCAAAGCUGAAAGCAGAAAAAUGCAGAGGCUUCUUUCACUGAAACAAACCUCAUCGACCUUAACCAAAGCACUGACGAAGACUUCUUCUUCGUCUUCCGGCUUCAACCCUCCCCCUUACAAUACCUUCUCUCCCAUCGCCAAUCCAAUUCCAACCCCCCAAAACCAUUUUCUUAGCUCCCCAUUUUCACACCCAUUUCACCACCUUUCUUUUCCAUGGCGAUCAAAGCCCAGUCUUAAAGUGAAAACUCAGGGCUUUCUCUCAUACCCAGUUGUUGCAAAGCGGUUUUCGUUGAAUUCCUCAAAUACCCAUCUCAAAGUUUCAGGCAAAAGCCUUUUGGAUUCCAAAGCUUGGUUUCUAAGACCUUGGAUUCCCAAAGGAAGAUUUGACGUUGGUCCCAGUUUUGGUCUUUCGAGGAGUCGCUGGAGAUCAUGGUUCCAACAGUUUACAGAAAGUCAAAUGGUUUUGUGCUUGAUUUUAACUAAUGUUGCUGUUUUUCUCUUAUGGCGGAUUGCGGAUCAAGAAUUUAUGAUGAAUAACUUUAUGGUUUCAUUGGACAAUUUUAAAAGUGGACGCUUACAUACACUGAUCACUUCAGCUUUCAGUCAUAUUGAUAUCAAGCACAUUGUCACUAACAUGAUUGGACUUUAUUUCUUUGGACAUAGUAUUGAAAGUAUCUUUGGACCUCAAUAUUUGCUGAAGUUGUAUCUAUCUGGGGCAAUUGUCGGUUCUCUGUUUUACUUGGUUCACCAUGCAUAUUUGGCAUUGUCAUACAAGGAACAAGCAAUGUGGAUGGACCCAAAUACUCCAGGAUUGGGGGCAAGUGGGGCUGUUAAUGCUAUCCUUCUGCUUGACAUAUUUCUGAAUCCAAAAUCUACUCUUUAUCUCGAUUUCAUCAUACCAGUUCCUGCCAUGUUACUGGGCAUCUUUCUAAUUGGGAUAGACAUAUGGAGGACAAUAGAGGGGAAUGGUCAUGUUUCAGGAUCAGCUCACUUGGGUGGUGCUGCAGUAGCAGCUAUAGCAUGGGCUCGACAUAGAAGGGGACGCUUCUGAAAUGAAUGGUGCACAUGCUACUAACAGUUGCUGGUCAUGGUAACUAAUUGUGAUUAGCGUUUCAGUAUGAUUGUCUCAAUUUUUUUUUUACUUGCUCAAGCAUGUGUUGUUGACCACAUGUUUCAUUCUAGUUGCUACACUUUCUGUGUUAUAAAGGCAUACUGGCUGUUUCUUUCAAACCCAGGUGCACAAGGUUCCCCGCAUUGCGAGGGUUGGGGGAGGGUCCAUAGUAUGCAGCCUUCCCUCUGCAUUUUUUUUUGCAGAGAGGCUGUUUCUUUUAAUGCAUAAUAAUUCUAUUGAAUUUACUUUGCCCUCUUUCUCCAUCUAUUUUCUGGCAUAGCUAUGGUAAAGUUAAAGAGAGAUUUUUACUUGCAGCGAGAAGACGUUGCUGGGUCCAUAAAGUUAUCAUGUGAAAUGAUAUUUAUUGUGUUUAUUUUUUCCUUUUAUUCUAUUGAACUCUAUGAUUUUGCCUAGUAUAUGAUCAGGUACCUACUGCCCCUUUACUUGAAAACUUGUCUGCUCAAUCUAGCGGUAAAUGUUAAUCAUGAAAUCGCCCAUUUUCAUAGCUUUAGGGGGAAUGCUGGGGGUAGUCGUAUCCACAAUUGCUCUUAAACACUCCCUUGUUUAGGUAACCACACCAUGCCUUUUUUCAACCUUAAAGCCAGCAACCGGCCGCCUUUACAAAUGUAAU